AUCAUCAUCUACUACACUUUUUCGAGAUCUGCAAACGACGCGCUUCCCCUGAAGCAUGAGGUAACCAAUAUGUUGUACAUUCACGAUCUUGUAGGUCUGAGGUGGCUAUUUCUUCUAGAAGAAUAGAUGGUGUGGUCGAAAAGGCCGCGACAGAGCGGCCGGCGGACCUCUGGCGCAUAAUCAUACGCGGCAAGUGCAACCUCAGCAUCACCGCCUUUUAUCAGAAAGCGAACGCUUCUGAGAGGAUUCUCGCUUCGACGCGCUGAGUAGGACUAGGAGGCAGUAUUAUUUUAGGAGCCAGUCUUGUUGGAGCACAAGUUCCUCGUGCAGUGCAGGUAGUACUAGCAGUGUACCACGACGCCGAUGAAAGCGCAGUCGUGAACAGAAGAAGAGUAAAGUAGAGCACAGUACAUCAAGCAGUGUUCUACUCAAGGACAGCGUAGUAAGCAGUAUACCCCACGAGCACGACAAAGCAAGUUGAUGCAGAACAGAGGAGGAAGCAAGAACCACUGCAGAUGACAAGAAACUAGUGCGCAGAACAGGAGACGACUGUUUCUGAACAAAGAAUCGCAGAUCUUAGCAGUUUGCUCUGCCAACAACUCCUAUAGGAAAAACGGAUCAGAGGACUCAGUCCCUUCCAAAACAGCACGUCCUGUGCAUAGUUUAGUACUUGUGAUUCUGGUAGAAUCAUCCUCUUGGGAGAAGGAUGCCGAAGCCAGACAGAAACGUCAUUCGAGAACCACACACUUGUGUGUUAAAGACGCUGUUCUCAACAGGGAAUAGUCUCCCUAAUGCGGAGAAAAGGCACUGGCAAUGGGCCACGCCACAGAUAGAAGGUACGUACUAACUAUGUAUCUUUUUGGGUAUGUUUUUAGUAGCGUGUCUCUUUCUCUCUCGUCAAUGCUUCUCAGUAAAGAGCUAGGAAUAGGAUUUCGAGGUGGUUGCUGGAGUGUAGGAUGUUCUUGACAGGUUUGCAAUUACAACUACUGAACACCUCACGCGACGACGUCCAGGUUCAAAUCCAUGUGCGAGAGGGGGGCACACAGCUACGCUGGUGCAGGCAGGAGGUGGCCCUAAGCUCGUCAUAUUCGCAGGCCAGUAUAACGAUGAGGGCGUGUUUACGUGCCUUAACGACGUCUAUGUGCUAGACGUGGACCAAAACAUGUGGACUCAGCCUUUGAUGAAAGGUAAGAAGUACUACGCUAUGGGAGUUCUUGGAACCUUUGAUGAAAGGUAGUGGUUCUUGGAACCUUUGAUGAAAGGUAAGAAGUAGUACUACGCUAUGGCAUCUUUGUGUGGUAGUUGGUUUGGUUGGAAAGUAGUAAGUGUAAGUAGUAGGUGGAAGCUACUUGUAGGUAGGUCUAAGUAUUGCAUGAUGACAUUCGGGUUGAGAUUGGUAUCUGUUGAGGGUUUCUGUAAGUAGCAUCUGUAGAAUGUUUGAGCGUAGUAUCUAUUGAAGAUUCUACAGUAGAAUCUGGUUCAAGUUUGAAGAUAGUAUCAUAGUAUGAAUACUAUUGCUACCUCCAAUGCCACUACGUACUACUAUUUUAUCUAAGAAGGACUCGCUUGAUGUCUUUGAUACCUUGUGUAAGACUAUGAGAUUUUCUUUGGUAUCUGAAUCUAAAAACAUGAAAGGGUGUGUGUUGUCCUAGAAACAGAUUGAAGUUGACUUUCUAUGUCAAUGAUAGCAUAAGACAUACUACUCAUCUGGACUCACACAUUGUGAAGUGACGGAAACUGAAUCAACCUGAAAGUGGACCCUCAGGAAAUGAAAUUAAUUUGUGGGCGAUAAAAAACCACUUUUUCGAGAAUUCGCAAUUUAGGUCUCAAAUAUCGGAUGACCGUAAUGAUUGGGUCAUCAUUCUGGCUCUCUGCAUCCACCUUAUUUCCGCGCUCCUUCCUUUCAUUAUUCCCCACCUCCUCGUCACCCUUAUUCCCCAUCGCUUCGCCAUCUUUGCUCGCACCGCCCUCACCCUGCAUUUUCAUCAAGGUACUCCGCCAGAGCCUCGAUAUGGGCAUUCUGCGAGUUUAGUGGGUUCACGAGUAGUAUAUUUUGGCGGCAGAGGCAAGGACAAUACGCAUUUUCGAGAUUUGCAUGCGCUUGAUGUGAACGCAAUGACAUGGUACCAGAAAUUCGUCUUGAAAUGCCCGUUCGCAGGCACCAGUGCGCACUACUUAAUAGAGGUUAAUGACGUCAAUCUAGAAUCUAUUGAUGAAUUGAUGUUGUACAGAGCGAUCUUAUCUCAUACUGUACGACUUUAGUCUACAACCAUCUACCCACCUUUCAGGUAUCAGGGUCCAUCUUCAGGUGGUGCGCCAGCUGCGAGAAUGGGGCAUAGUUCGACGCUAUACGGCACUAAUCUACUCCUAUAUGGAGGCGUUUCCGGGCAAAAGUAAAAAUUUUUCUAAUUACAGUUUUACUUAGUGGUCUGGUAGACUCCAUUUUGGUGAUCGCCAUAAAUGUUGAAGUGAAUGACCACUCCGUCACUUAGUCUAGUAAUUCUAUCUUAGCACAACUGGUUAAGAAAAGACUUCUUCAGCCUAACAACCCGCCUCGAACACCUCCGACAAAUGAUCAAUCUUAUAAAAAUCCAGGUUUUUUUCGGGUCUCCACGUCCUAGAUUUGACAUCUAUGGCAUGGCGAACGCAAGAAACGACAGGGCCAGCACCGUCAGCACGCAUGGGGCACGAUGCCGUCCUGAUGGAUGCGCAACUCGUGAUUCAUGGCGGCUUCUUUCUUCCGCCAGCUAGCACAUUAGAGAAAACGGUAGUUACAAAUUGACAUAUUCGUCUUGUUCAUACCGAUUGUUGUGUAAUCUACUAAUCUCUGAUCAAAAUGCUACUAAUCUCUGAUCAACCUUACCCUUAACCAUCAAAAUCCUACUACACCCUCGUUAUUUUGUGAUCGACACGUUACUACUAGGAAGCGAUCGGGGACGCUCUCCAGCAAUGCUAUUUGAACGACUUUAGAGUGCUGAACUUGAAUACGUGGGAAUGGUCUCGGCUAAGGACCCACAAUACGCCAAUAUCAGCCAGAUUCGGGCACUCCCUAGUUCUCAGUGUUAAGGCCAUAGGUUCUGCGUUCGAUCAUUCAAACAACAUCAGCAUUUGCAGCAACCAAUAGAUGAAGUACUUGGUUUCUGCCGGGUAUGCUAGUGGAAUCUUAGAGUAGUAAUUUACAGGAAUAAGAGAUCGAUGGCGCUUCAUCCAGCAAUACUGUAGGUUGUUCUACGCAAUCGUUCAACAUGGCCUGUAGUGGCAAUCCGUCUUUCUAACAACAGUACUGAUCUGAUAGCAUUUGGGGGUUGGAACGGAGUUGACAAGAGCGAUUCCUGGGCAACGAAGGGCAAAGAAAGGUACUUUUCUAAUCGUUUCUAAGUACUACAGUAGGUAAGGCUUUCCACAUUGCAUCCUUCACUCCCAUCAUUCUUAGCUCCUUUUCAAGGGGAGAAGAGGCCAAGGACGUUCUGAAGAAUGGAACUCGGUAACCUUGAAAUGUAGAAGGACGGACACAGCUCGUGAACUGGUUGCACAUGUGAACCAUCUGGAUUCUGGAGGCCCAACCUAUGAAAACUCCUAAAAUUCAAGAAGACUGGCACUUCUAGAAUCUUAGAAGAUUUUACACAAACACAGACCACUAGAAGCAAGUGGAAGAGAGGAGCAGAGUAGUGAGAACUGUAUGAUCUUGCGGACUGCAGACAUGCACUGGUCACAACUAGUCUAUACCGGCACCGCACCUUGCCAUCGAUAUUUGCAUUCCUGUACGACGAUAUUAAGGCUUGGGAUAGUAGUAAGGUGUUAUAGAAUUAUUAGACUGCGUAAACACGUUCACGUAAGGUCGUAGGGUAUGCUAGGUUUUUUUUUGCGUGGUACAACUUGUAGUUGUAGAUGCAGUAUAUUACAUUUAAGGGAGUUUUUCACGUUGGCUGUAGAAGUGCCUCUAAUUUUUGGGCCGCAUCUGAUCGUUUUCGGAGGCUAUGAUGGCGGAAAACCACUUGCGGACCUCGUGGUUCUGAGAGAGACGACAGGGUGAGCCCUGUUGUUCGCUAAGGGGGUCCUUUUAGGUGUUGGGAGAAACGUACUCUUGAAUAAAUGCACUUCAAAAGCAGUUUCCAUUUCUUUGACACUCAAAAAGUACUUCUCUAUGUGGACGAGGCCUCGUUGUGACCUUGUACCUUGGGGCGACGACGUCUAGCUCUCGACUUGAGUAGAGUUUAACAAGUUUUCGUUCCUAAGACAAAGCGACGUUUCUAGUGACUAGAUAUUCCAAGACAAAGCGACGUGCUAGUUGAAUUAUAGCGUACACCUUAUAUAGCGUGAGUGACCUCUGCUCAACAGGAGAGGAGGCUGAAGUAUAGCGACAAGAAGCUAUGGAAAGAAUGGCAGCUGCACUGUAGAGACCCGAUUACAUGCGAUAAGAUAUGAUGACAUUGAAGUAAAUGUGCAGCAUGCAGAAGAGGACACUGAAAUGGUGUCAUACUCUUGG